CAUCUUCCUCCUGCAGAUCAAUCCAGCAGCUCACCAACAUGGAUCCCAGACCACGAACAGCAAGAGGGAGCACGCACAGGCAGCACAGGCUGUGAAAUGGGACAGGUGACAAAGCUACCCACUCUUUCUGGUUUGUGGCUUGUGUUGGCCCCAGCUAUGUCUGUUUUGCUUCAUGCAUAUUUCAGCUCACAAAGAUGCAAGCAUUAAACCCAAGCCCUCUACUGUGCACCUGAUCUUUAUCUUCGGAAAAAGGAAAUUAACGGGACUUUGAGAGACACAAUCGGCAGGUUUACCCAUUGUAAACGCUUUCUUUGAGAAAGCAAAAUAAACCAGGCACUCGUCAGAGCCUUCAGCAGUGAGCACCGAGCUGGAGCCAUGGGGACUGUGGCACUCUGUGUGCUUGUUUCUAGUGUGAUACAGAACUGCUGCUUGAGGAGCAGCCAGUGCAGUGCAGAACUGGAUGGAGAAGUGAACACCUGGGAUGAGGGAGUCCGAAAUACCCCAGCCUCUGUCACCAGCCUCCUGCAGCUCAGACGGGCCGAUGCCAGAGGAGAGGGGCUCUCUGCUAAGGUCCCUCUGGUAAAAGCAAGUGAGGCAGCUCACACGAGGGGAACCAGCUCCUCACCACAUCCUGGCCCCAGCCCAGAUUCAGGAGCCUCCUUUAGUUCCUCCGCCACGGGGAGGGCCAUGCCUGCAGGAGAAAUUUCUGCCCUGGCGUUGCCCUUGGAACAGGAAGGUGAAGGAAGUGGCACUGCAGCCCCAGAAGGGAGUUAUCCUGGAGUUAUCGAGCAUCCCUCAGGGAUCUGGAGCAAGGAAAUCCCCGCUCGCAACAGGAGCAAAGCAUAUUCUCUGCCUGCUGGGAACACUACAGGGAUGGUCCGAUUGUCCACCCGAAGGAAACAGGACAGUGCCACCCGGCCUCCAGUCACGACAGCAAGGCAGAAAUCUCCACCUGCUUCCAACUGGCUCCCUGUCCUGGAGAAACAUGACAUCCCGGUGGUUGUGGGAGUCUCCGUGUCUCUGGCUUUGAUAUUCAUUUCCAUGGGGGUGUAUUCGUUCCGCCAGAAAGUAGAGCACGCCAAAGGCAAUAGUAUCUCAUCUCAAAAAUCCUCUAACUCUAGGAGGAGAAAUUACUUGGAAGCAGACGAGGCUUAUGAGAACAGGGCUUUCGAAGUUGAAUGCACUGUCGAUGCUGUUGAGCGGAAUCCAUACGACACCAGCAUUUCCCCCAGCCUGCUGCACUCUGACCCCACGCUCCCUGCAGAGGCGGCUGGGCAUCGAGAGGAACCCCUGGGUGUUGCUGCUGGCGAGGCUCUGCAGACAGCACAGGCCAGGGCAGUGGACUCCCCAGUGUCCCUGCAGCGUGAGUCUGCUCAUCAGGAGAAACACCCAAGCCCUGUGCCCACGCAGUUGAAGAGUGCUGGGCCCAAGGAGCCUGCUGCCAGGGCUCCUGGCAUCUGCUCUGCAACCUCUCUGGCUCUCCAGCACAUUGGCACCACGCUGUAUUUCCACGGGCCUGAGCCGCUGCUCCAGAGCAUCGUACCGCUCAGGAGGAACACCAGUGGGAAUCAUGGCCAAGUUCCUGCAGCCCCUGUGGUGGGGAUGAUGGAGCAUUCCCCUCCCGGAGAUCAGUCCAGUGCUGAAAUAGCCAUGAUGUCUGUUACUGUGGAAAUACACCUGUAUCCUUGCAACGCAGAGAUGUCCUCACCCUCAGCAGCCACGCAGAAUGUGUCCGAUUCAUCUCAUCCAAAGGCAGCCGGGGCAGCAUCCCAGCAGCCAGCUUCGCUGGUCGGCCCUGGUAUGUGAGCGUCAUUGCUCCUGCUGCUGUGGCUGUAUUUCUGAUUGCAGGGUGCUGGGCAGAGGGCAGGGGACUGGCUGGGUCAGCCUUUCUGCUCUGGAAACCCUGACUGGGAAGUGCAGCAGAGUAUCAGGUCUCUGCCUGAAGUGGAUCAUUAGGUGGACAAAUUACUUUCCCCUCUGAAGUUAGGUGCUGGCUUGGUAUGUACCAGUACAUCGGGCCAGACCGGGUGGGUCGAGCCUGUCUCAUGAGCACUGGGCCCAUAUUGGCUGUCAGGCCAAAGAGGGCAUUUGAGCCUUACUGUGUGGGUAUGAUUAGUCAUUAAAGAUAAAGAGCAAAGCCAGGGUUGUCCUGGCCAAAUUCCAUCUUGAGUAAUUUUCAGCACUCCUAAUUUCCCACUUCAGGUAAUGCUUCACUUCCUAUUCCAAACUGUGGCAUAGGGUUGCUGUGCAUUGUUAAGCUGUUGCUGUGUUCCAUCUCAGAGGUGGCUGCAUUUCAGUGGGGGACAGAAGCAAUCCCUGUACAGUCCGUAUAGGUAGUUAAUAGGGUUUGGGGAUCCUCCUGGGUAAAAGCUCUGCAAUUGUGCUCUUCUAGGCACAUCUUCUAAGCCUGCUGCUGUUUUAUGGAGAAUUCCAUUUCUUGCGUUGCUUGUGAAUUCUCAUGCACAGAGGGUCCUGCUCAUACACUCUUCUGACUUUCACAGGGCCCAGGAGUUUUUUGUGACUGGAUUAAAACUGACCCGUGAAGUCUUGAAAAGGACAAAAUAACUCUUCUCUGGCAGAGGGAGGCCAGGAGCAGACACGUGCCCUGAUGACGGGUGCUCUGACGUGGGUCAGAAUAUUCUACUAUGUAUAUGGAUGUUUGUUCUUAUCAUGGCUUCUGUUUCUUUGAUCCUCCUCUGCUCCUGUCUCUAGCUUUUUGAGUCACUGUCCUCUGUGCUACAUCAGUCACAAAACCCCCAGCUGCAGAAUGUUGAGCCAGAAAUAGCAAGAAGUCGCUCCAAGCCAUCGAAUCCCUUGGCACUGUGUGCCGGUAGAGUCACAAUUAGGGCUUGGGACAUUCUUGGCUUGGAGAAUGAAUUGAGGACAGUUACAAGACCAUUGUUUUACUGUGCAGAUUGCAAAGCCCUGUGUCCUGGGAGCAUCCAGGGAAGGACACAGCGAGAUCGUAGGCAAACACUGCAGCGCCAUGUGACUGAAGCAGAACAAGGGCUGUUAUGAUGGAACGGGAGAAGUGCACUGAACCCUACAGGAAGCAUUCCGUGUGUCUGGCAUGGAGAUGUGUGAAAUUGUGACUGAUUGGCUAUCUCGUUCUGUGAUGUGGACACAGAACCCUGCUGAGGGAGAUUAACAUAGGGAUAGAUGUUAUGCUAGGGGGACGCAGUGUGAGAAUGUAAGUGCUGUGUUGUCAGCAUCUGGAGCUUUAAAAUAAACCUAUGGUAACAUGGAUGAAAUGUCGGCAAAUGGUAAGUUCUU